AUGAAGCCGACGGGAGUGCAUCCGGAGCGCAAAAGCUGGACCAACAUCAUGUUCUUCGGUUCGCUCACCGCCAUGAUAACGCAAAGUUUGCGCACCUUCCUCAACCCGAAGGACUUCUACGCAGCCCAGCGGCCGGUGCUGCGUAUCUCGUUCCUGGUCGGCAUGACGCCGUUCACGGUUGUGAAAGGACCGACGGAGCUGAUGCUGCUACGGUGCACCCCGUUCGGGUACAUCAACUCCAGCCUGCACGUUAUCCUGUUCUGCAGCUGCUACGUGAACGCGCUGCUAAAGGGCGAAACCAUCACGCGGUUCUUCUUCCGCACCGACAUCAGCACGCUGGGAGACGUGCUUCAGUUCACGAUCGGCAUCACGGCGCUCAUUAUGACGUUCUUCUGCAGUCUCUUCCAGCGCAACAAGUUGAUCAAAUCGUUCCACGCGCUGGCUAGCAUCGAUCGGCGGUUUAAAGAGAUCGGCAUGGAGACCAACUACAAGAGCACUUUGCACUACAAUCUGCUGGUAAUGUGCGCCAAAGUGAUCAUAACGACGCUCUAUCUGGUCGUGUGCUUGGCCGUGUUCAUCAGUUCGAGCACUUACCCGAGCGUUACGACGUGGCUGGCCUUUUUGAUGCCGUACUUCAUGAUGUCGAUGGUGGUCGUGGUGUUUCUGUGCUUCGUCAACCAAACCAAACACCGGUUCCAUCUGCUGAACAAGGUGCUGAAGCAUCUGCGGCAGGCGGCGCUCGAGAAGCGACACUCGCCCGAACGGCGACCCAGCUACUGGCACGCGAUCAAGAUCCAGCGGCCGCUCGGUAUCGCGUCCACCUACAGCAACAACGACAAAUCGAUGCCGGACGUCGUGUCCACCGUGGCCGAGAUUCAGGACGCACUGUGUGAGGCGUGCAGCUAUGCGCAGGACUAUUUCACCAUACAGAUGCUAACGAUCGUUACGGUCGUGUUCCUGAUUGUCCUCUUCAACUCGUACUACGUGCUGGAUGCGGUCAUCGGAACUACGUCGCACGAUACGCCCUUCUCCAAGGGACAGUUUGCGCUGUUCUUCCUCUGCCAGGCGAUGGUGUACGGGAGCGGAGUGUUUAACAUCGUGUACGGAAGUAGUUCGAUGAUGGCCGAGAACGACAACAUUGGAGUGAAUGUGCACAAACUGCUCAACGUGACCAGCGGACCGGAAAGCCACGAACUGGCGACCAAACUGAUGCACCUGUCCCAGCAAAUGGUACACCGGAGGGUACGCUUCACGGCCUGCGGACUGUUUAGCCUGGACUUUACACUCAUCUUCACGCUGGUUGGGGCGGCGACCACGUACUUGGUCAUUCUCGUGCAGUACCAGCUAAGUAUGGACGAUACCCGGCACGAAACCAUAGCCAGAGCAUUCCUGGGCAACGAAACGUGGAUCUCAUAG